GGCGGACUGACGGACUGACGGGCUUGACGGGGACGGGCUGACGGUACGGAGUACGCUAGCUCUCAGAAAUCCUCACCACCUUCCGUAUCCCGUACCCCGUUCCCCGUCCCCCAACUCGAUCAAUUCGAUCCCACCUCCACACCCACCUACCCGCACCAACAGCCCUCCCCUUCCUCCUGCCCUUGUUUCCCAAGGCUGUUGUAGUACUCCUCUACUCCUCCUCCCCCUCCAGAUUGCUUCUCUCUUCCCUUGUCCGACACUCUCCAAGUGGUCAAUGGUGUAAUCCAGGACUCUUCUCUGCGAGGAAGUGCUGAUGACCCAAACAAUUUCUUCCAGAUUGUAGCGACGUUUCCGACUAGUAAUCAACCUCUCCUCACCCUUCUCUGAGCCACACACACCCCAUUGACGACGCCGUCGUCCCCGCCUACAAGAUGCAUAUCAAGGAGAUGGUUGCCGACGCCGAGAAGACGGCUGCCCCGUCUUUCUCGUUCGAGUACUUCCCGCCAAAGACCCUGACCGGUGUACAAAACCUCUACGACCGUAUGGAGCGCAUGUACCACUUCGGCCCAAAGUUCAUCGACAUCACCUGGGGCGCAGGCGGCCGCAUAGCCGAGUUAACCUGCGAGAUGGUCAGCCAGGCACAGGCCUACUUCGGUCUGGAGACCUGCAUGCACCUCACCUGCACCGACAUGGGGCUCGAGAAGAUCAACGACGCUCUGCGCAAGGCAUACAAGGCCGGCUGCACCAACAUCCUGGCCCUGCGGGGAGACCCUCCUAGGGACAAGGAGAAGUGGGAGGCUGCCGACGACGGCUUCAGGUAUGCCAAGGAUCUUGUCGUGCACAUACGGAAGACGUACCACGAUCACUUCGAUAUUGGUGUUGCCGGCUAUCCCGAGGGCUGCGACGACAACAAGGACGAGGAGCAACUGCUGGACCACUUGAAGGAGAAGGUCGACGCCGGUGCCACCUUCAUCGUCACCCAGAUGUUCUACGAUGUCGACAACUUCCUCCGCUGGGUUGACAAGGUCAGGGCCCGUGGCAUAACUAUUCCUAUCAUCCCGGGCAUCAUGCCCAUCGCCACAUACUCAAGUUUCCUGAGGAGGGUCAAUCACAUGAAGUGCAAUGUGCCCCAGGAGUUCAUGGACGCCUUGGAGCCGGUCAAGAACGACGAUGCGGCCGCUCGAGAAGUCGGCAAGACCCUCGUCGCCAACAUGUGCCGCAAGAUCCUGGCCGCAGGAAUCCCUCACCUGCACUUUUACACCAUGAACUUGGCCCAGGCCACCCGCAUGGUCCUGGAGGAGCUGGACUGGAUGCCUUCGGAGCGCAGCCCUGUCAAGCAGGCCCUGCCUUGGAAGCAGUCUCUCGCCCUUGGACGACGAGACGAGGACGUUCGGCCCAUUUUCUGGCGCAACCGGAACAAGUCGUACAUUUCAAGGACCAUGGACUGGGACGAGUUCCCCAACGGCCGCUGGGGUGACUCCCGGUCUCCUGCCUUUGGCGAGCUGGAUGCGUACGGUAUUGGCCUGACGGGAACGAACGAAGAGAAUCGCAAGAAGUGGGGUGAGCCCAAGUCUGUCAAGGACGUGGCCGCCAUCUUCCUCAAGUACCUCAACAACGAGCUGGACCAGCUUCCCUGGAGCGAGUCUCCCCUGACUACUGAGGCAGACGCCAUCAAGGAGGACCUCAUCGAGCUCAACAAGCGAGGACUUGUCACCAUCAACUCACAGCCUGCUGUCAAUGGUGUCAAGUCCACUCACCCCGUGUACGGAUGGGGUCCACCGAACGGAUUCGUCUACCAGAAGGCAUACCUCGAACUUCUCGUCGCCCCCGACGUGUACCCCGAGCUCAUCUCCCGCAUCGACAAGCACCCAGAUUUGACGUACUACGCCGUGACCAAGGCAGGUAACCUGGCCACCAACACCCCUUCAGAAGGCCCCAACGCCGUCACAUGGGGUGUCUUCCCUGGCAAGGAGAUCGUGCAGCCCACCAUUGUCGAGUCGAUCAGCUUCCUCGCCUGGAAGGACGAGGCGUUCCGGCUCGGCACGGACUGGGCCAACUGUUUCGAGGCGGGCACCCCUAGCCGGAUUCUGUUGGACCGCAUGAUGAGGGAUUGGCAUCUGGUAAACAUUGUAAACAACGACUUCCACCAGCCACGUACCAUUUUCGAAAUUAUGAAGGGACUGCAGGUCAAGGACCUUGACGUCGAGGUCCAAGCCGACGGACCCACGGCAAACUGAUUUUCAGCAGCGGCGCAACUUGUACACUCAGCGACACACACACCGCCACCUUUUGGAAGAGGCUUCAACAGUGCCUCGACGGAAAUUAAUCAACAUCAUGAAUGAUACGACCUGGAUUUAACACGACGGAACUUAAUCGCUCAGCCACCGCAGUGUACUGCGGUGCGAGUCUCAGUGUGCAUGCCAUUGCAACACAACUGACGACUUUUUUUUUAACAAGACACCAUUUCCUUAACGAUUUGGGUUGCAUGACAUUGGGGCGGGGGACACAAACAAACAGCCGGCGUUUCUUGCUUAUUCAACACAUCUUUUCAACAUUACGGCAGCAAGCGGCGCAAAGCAAAAAGGGAGCAGGGUGUGGUCAAUGUGUUUUUCAACAAAAAAUGGAGUCGGGAGAGGAGGAGGACGAGCGAGUGCCUCGAAGCGAGUCGAGGCGGGAACGCAUCGAAGGGGACGAAUCCCUUCCUCCCCACGGCUGCGGGGGGGCUGGGAAGCUCGUUCCUUUCCAUUCUGCACAUAUAAAUAUUCAUUCUCAACGAUAGAUACCCCCAGGGCAGGCAAGGGCAUGCAGGCAUGGCAUGGCAUGGCAUGACACACAGGCAGCAUAAGGCACAAUCGUGGCGGCCGGGGGAUAACACGCCCCCCCGGCUGAAAAAAAAAAGAAAAACCAAAAAAUCACGGUGCUACGGAGUUUCAACAUUUCAGGGAUGGGUGGAUCUUUUCUUCGUGGCGAGGAUUCGAUCUCGUUUCAACAGAGAUUGGUGUCCCGCGGCCAUGGCAGACACAGAUUGGGGAGGAGGGAGAGGGAAGGAAGGAAGGAAGGUAGGGAGAAGAACGCGGAGGUGGCUCGGGGUGGGAAGGGCUUCUUCGGGGCAGAGUGGGAAGAGAGAUCGGAGCGUAGAGCCAUGAGCAAGAUAGAGAGAGUGGCGUGUCUUGUCUGUCUGUACUUGACGAUUCGGUUCGACCCGCCCCGCCCACUACGGACGGGUCGGGGACGCUCGACAAUGCAUGCAUGCAUGGAACUCCGAAAACUACUCGACUGGUUCAACAAACCACCCUGCUACGACCUCAAGUGACGUGCGUAGUAUUUCACGAGGCAUGGUGUAACAGACCGCAGCACAGGGCAGUUAGCCUGCCAGACACACUGGUUUCGAGACGGAUGAUUUCCAGCUGGCUGGCUGGCUGGCUGGGCAGGUCAGGCGGAGGCAACAAUAACAAGCAGUCUGACCCCGAAGGAGUCGAGGUACCCUAGACUUACCCUAGAAUUCAUAAAAAAAAUCCAACCACGUCUCCCACCCGCCAGCAAUCUCGUUUGAGACAGGCA